AUGAAUUCUCCAACUGAGAGUGAUGCUCAAAACUACAUUCUUGCCAACAUCAUCUUGAGUCAGAAGUCUGCAAACUCUGAAAUACUCAGAACAGUGCCAGAGCUCCAGGACAUAUUACAGAAACUUUGGGAGAGACCGAACAAAAACAGAAGCCCAGAGUUUUACCUCUUGGUCCUUUUGCUGUUUUGGCCUGAUGGUGCAAAGAAAACAGGCAACACACUAGACCUUAAAGUGUGUGUCCAAUACAUGCGUGAGUCAUAUGAGAGAACCUAUCAGAAAUACCUUCGCUUUCGCUACCUUGUUCCUCUCUUCUUCCUUGGGAACGGUGGAGGUUUGCAGAGACUGGUUCACCAGAUCAAGUUCACCAGUCUCCUCGCUGACGAGCAUGAGACUCCUGGAAUGGAAGGUCUUCAGCGUAUUGAAGGGGAGAUCAGAAAUCAUAAGGUGUUUGCUUUGAGAGGUAGAGACCAAAUUGAAGUUUCACCUCACAAUCCGGCCAGUGUGUACAAUACAGACCUGGUCUCCUUCUACCUUGGCUUUACCAUCAGAGGACCUGUUGCCUACAACAUCAGAUAUGUUAAGAAAUCUGCUCAGUUUGUGGACAAACACAAUAAGCAUAUCCUUCAGCGUGUCGAGAAGGUGGAUUGA